GCAGUUGCAGCAGAGGCGGAGGCUGCUUCUGGACGCGUCCGGGCCGCGCGGCCGGAGCCCCAGCCCGGAGGCGCCGGGCGCUGCAAUCAGUGCUGCUGCUGCUGCUCUCCCGCCGCCGCCUGGGCCCCCGCUGCCCCCGGGCCCCCGGACGCCGUCCGCGCCCUCGUCGACCCCGCCUGCUUGUGCGCCCCAGCCGGGACGCCGCCCCCGGCCGGGUCUCCACUUCUUAGCCGCACCUCCCAUGACAGCGCCCGCGCGAAGAUGGCUGCGAAGGGCUCACACAGCUCCCACCUGAAGGUAGAGAGCGAGCUGGAGCGCUGCCGCGCCGAGGGCCUCUGGGACCGCAUGCCCCAGCUGGUCCGGCAGAUGAGGGCGCUGGUCCUGCCCAGUGGUGGAGGCAACCGAAGAGCCAUCUCGAGCGCCUUAUUCACCCCCCCGGACGCCGAUGACUUUGGAAAAUUGCUCCUGGCUGAGUCCCUCCUGGAGCAGUGUUUGAAGGAGAACAAUGCCAAGAUAAAAGACUCCAUCCCUUUGCUGGAGAAGAAUGAGCCGAAGAUGAAUGAAGCCAAAAACUAUCUGAGUAGUAUCCUCAACCAUGGGAAGCUGUCGUCAAGGUACAUGUGUGAGGCCAUGCUGAUCCUGGGCAAGCUGCAUUACGUGGAGGGCUCCUACCGGGAUGCCAUCAGCAUGUAUGCGAAGGCUGGGAUCGAUGACAUGUCCAUGGAGAACAAGCCCCUGUAUCAGAUGCGGCUGCUGGCAGAGGCCUUUGUCAUCAAAGGCCUCUCCCUGGAACGCCUCCCCAACUCCAUCGCUUCCCGCCACCGCAUGACUGAGCGGGAGGAGGAAGUGAUCACCUGCUUCGAGAGGGCCUCCUGGAUCGCGCAGGUGUUCCUGCAGGAAUUGGAGAAGGUCACUAACAACAACACAUCGCGGCACCUGAAAGGCUCCCACCCCGUUGACUAUGAGCUCACCUACUUCCUGGAAGCUGCCCUGCAGAGCGCUUACGUGACAAACCUGAAGAAGGGGAACAUCGUGAAAGGCAUGAGAGAGCUCCGGGAGGUCCUACGGACUGUGGAGACCAAAGCAACUCAGAACUUCAAAGUGGUGGCGGCCAAGCACCUGGCGGGGGUCCUGCUGCACUCCCUGAGUGAGGAGUGCUACUGGAGCCCCCUGUCCCAGCCUCUGCCCGAGUUCAUGAAUAAAGAGGAGAAUUCCUUCAUCUUGCAAGCCCUGCGCAAGCCUCACCUCUACGAAGGAGACAACCUCUACUGCCCAAAGGACAACAUCGAGGAAGCCCUCCUGUUGCUCCUCAUCAGCGAGUCCAUGGCUACUCGGGAUGUGGUGCUGAGCCGGGCGCCAGAGCAGGAGGAGGACCGGGCGGUGAGCCUGAGGAAUGCGGCGGCCAUCUACGACCUCCUGAGCAUCACGCUGGGCAGGAGGGGCCAGUACGUCAUGCUCUCGGAGUGCCUGGAGCGAGCCAUGAAGUUUGCAUGUGGAGAAUUUCACCUUUGGUACCAAGUGGCCCUCUCCAUGGUGGCGUGUGGAAAGUCGGCCUACGCUGUGUCGCUGCUACGGGAGUGUGUGAAGCUGCGGCCCUCGGACCCCACCGUGCCCCUGAUGGCCGCCAAAGUCUGCAUCGGGUCCCUGCACUGGCUGGAGGAGGCGGAGUGCUUUGCCAUGAUGGUGAUUGACCGUGGGGAGGAAGCUGGGGAGUUCCUCUCCAAGGCCUACCUGGCACUGGGUCUCACCUACAGCCUGCAGGCCACUGACGCGACUCUGAAGUGCAGGCAGGAUGAGUUGCACCGGAAAGCACUGCAGACGCUGGAGAGAGCCCAGCAGCUGGCGCCUGGCGACCCACAGGUCAUCCUCUAUGUCUCCCUGCAGCUGGCCCUCGUCCGACAGAUCUCCAGCGCUAUGGAGCAGCUGCAGGAGGCCCUGAAAUUGUGCAGGGAUGAUGCCAAUGCCCUCCACCUGCUGGCUCUCCUCUUCUCCGCCCAGAAACACUACCAGCUCGCGCUGGACGUCAUCAACAUGGCCAUCACGGAGUACCCCGAGAACUUCAAAGGCCUGGAAAAGGAUGGCAGCCUCGGCGAGGGCGUCAUGCUGAAGAAGCAGAGUGGCAUGCACCUGACUCUGCCGGAUGCCCAUGACGCAGACUCCGGCUCUCGGCGGGCAUCGUCCAUCGCAGCCUCGCGGCUAGAGGAGGCCAUGUCGGAGCUGACCAUGCCCAGCUCUGUUUUGAAACAGGGCCCCAUGCAGCUGUGGACCACGCUGGAACAGAUCUGGCUCCAGGCUGCUGAGCUGUUCAUGGAGCAGCAGCACCUCAAGGAAGCCGGUUUCUGCAUCCAGGAGGCAGCGGGCCUCUUCCCCACCUCGCACUCGGUACUCUACAUGCGGGGCCGGCUGGCCGAGAUGAAGGGCAGCUUGGAGGAGGCCAAGCAGCUUUACAAGGAGGCGCUCACGGUGAACCCUGAUGGCGUGCGCAUCAUGCACAGCCUGGGUCUGAUGCUGAGUCGGCUGGGCCACAAGCCCCUGGCCCAGAAGGUGCUGCGGGACGCCGUGGAAAGGCAGAGCACCUGUCACGAGGCAUGGCAGGGCCUGGGCGAAGUGCUGCAGGCCCAGGGCCAGAGCGAGGCCGCCAUCGACUGCUUCCUCACCGCCCUGGAGCUGGAGGCCAGCAGCCCGGUGCUGCCCUUCUCCAUCAUCCCCAGAGAGCUCUGACACCCCGCAGCAGCAGGGAGGGAGGGGCUGCCCCGUUGGAGGGGAUGGGGGGGGCCAGGCAGGAAGCAGGGAGCAUGGGUUGGGGGAGGAAUAGGACCUCAGGGAAAUACAUCUCUAGGGAACACUUCUGCAAGCUGCAGCCCUAGUUCUCCUCGCCUCCCCCACCCCACCCUGCAUUCCCCUUCCUGGGCCAGCUGGGUCUGAGAGCUGCUCAUCUAGCUGGGUGGACCAGAUUUGCAUCAAAAGCAAAUUCCUUGCUCUUUGGGACUCAGACAUUGUGGUGUUUAUGAGCAAGGAAGUAGCUGGGGGGCCACAUCAACAUGGGGGCCCCUCCCCAGAGUAUCUGUGCAGCAUCUAAAUGUGUAGUCAGGUCUGUGUGUCUUGGUUACCUCCCCACCUGGAAACCUCUAUCCCAUACCUGCCACCCUCCCUCAACAUCCCUGACCCUUGAUUCCCGGCUUUGCACCAGCUUUAGUCUCGAACCUCAGCUCUCUGCUCUCCAGCACCAAAGACGAACCCUGCAAGCUGCCCUCUGGCUGGGCCAAGGGUUUUCCUGGCUUCCUCCCGUGGUGCCUCGGGAGAGUCAUGGUGACUGGAGUUGCUCCUUGAGAGCCUCACAGCUGCCCUUCACCCCCCUGGGCCUCUGUGCCUUGGGGAGCCCGCAGCCCUGGUCCCAUGCCCCAGUCUCAGGACAGGGUUUUGGAUCACUCUCAGGUCUUGCCCAGAGCAGUCACAGCUUGACUCCACUGGUAAGUGGGAAGAAGAUGGACCUCUGAGUUCCUCUCCCAGGCUGAGUUAGUGGAUAAUGCCUGGCGUUGACCUUUGCCUGACGAGGCCAGUUGGGAUCCACUGUGCACCCCUCUGCUGCCAGGUGACCUUGUGGCCAGCGACACAGCACUGGCCUUAACUAACCUUCCAUUUCCAUCCAUCUCCAUCUUCCUGGAAACACCCCAGCUGAAGCAGCCUGCUUAGACCCCAGGCCACAGCCCCAGGAUGGGCCUCAGGACAGAAACGUGGCUGCUGGACCCAGCCCUUUCUAGUAGCUUACGUCAGCACAUUCCUUCAAGCCUUACCUUUCUGGGCAAUAGGUAUACAAUGCACGUCACUCUGGAGAUGGGAGUCUCUAGGACUGUCCCCAGCUCAUCUCACCACCCACAACCCAUUCCUCAGGCUUUCUUGGGCAACCCAAGCCCCACCCUGGUCAUUUGGUUGUCUCUGCCCGGCACCUCCUAACUGGUUGAACAGGCCUCUGGAUACUAGACACCUAUGUCCGCAGGGGUCCUGGGUGCUGGUGGUGGGUGUCUUUCCUGCUGCUCCCCCAGCCUGCUGCAAGAUGCUCCUGGGAUUGUCCCCAAGAAUUUGGCCCCCUCCCACACAGGCCUAUCAGGGGCAUUCUUUUUUUAUCAGCACUUUGGGUUUUAGUUUUAAAGCUCUAGGUACAUCUCUCAUUUUAAGAUGUGUGGAAAGGCCAGGCAAGGACUGCCCGGGUCUGUCAUAGCCCAGUCUCUCUGUGGGAGGCCCACCCUCCUCGCUACACUGGCUCAGCACUGCACCCCCAGGUGCUUCCCAGGGAGAGCCUGCGCCUCCUGGCCUCCGCCAGGUGAGCAACGCUGCGGAGAGCAGCAGAUCCUCUGCCACUUGGUUGAAGGAUCUCAAUAUAUGUAAGUGUGUGUAUAAAUAUAUAUAUAUAUGAUAGAGCUCUAUUUUUAUUCUGGAAUUCUGUUAGAAAAAAAAAGAAACAGGACAAAGCAAAUGCCAUUGAAUUGCCUUGGGGGCCCCAAAGAUGUUGGUAGUCAGUUCUUGGUAAUAAGAAAGGCACCAGAUGCAUUUUGAUUGUAUGCCCUCAGAGGAGGUCUUAACGGGCUGGGCCAAGUUGCUGACAGUUUGCUGAUUGAAUAAAGAGAUCCCUGAAUGGGGAAGCAGGUU